AUGAAAUUUAGAAUAACAACUCGAACUCAGAAUUGCUCAGCACAUAUUUCGGUUCCGCUCUUAAACUUUGCACUGCUAGUAAAGAGGCUCGUCGAUAUUGUUUUGCCUCCCAUGGUGGCAGCAGAUGUUACUAGACGUCCUGAGGAAGGUGACUCUCUCAGGAAUAAGAUUAUUAGAGUAAUGAUGAGCCCUACGUUUUCUAAGGACCUCGCAUCUGAAUUCAUGUUUGUGCUUUGUAAGAAAUCAGUGAAUCGGUUAAUCAAAUACACCGGGCUAGGCCAUUCCGCUGGUUUGUUAGCUAAUUCUGGCCUUCUGAGUCAGAUCAAUCUUCCGAAAAGCGCUUCAGACAGUGAGGAUUCAGAGACAGAGGAUUACAAAGCUGUUGAAGACAGAAUAAAUCCAGUCACGGGAUACCUAAGGCCGGAAAGCUCAGGUGUGUCUCCGUUUGAGGGGAUGAGUGAGGAACAGAAGGAAUACGAAGCAAUGAAACUAGUUGACGCUAUGAGCAAGCUUAUGGAUACCGGUAUGCUCCUCGAUUGUGAAUGAGUGGUAAAACCAGGAACUAUUGGAGAUGAUGGCCGACCAAAAGCUGUUGGUCACGUGCUGGAACUUGUUAAGGACAUUCCAGGCGAAGAGGGCGAGCGUGACAGUGAAUGA